AUGUCGGGUAGUGGCGGCCUGUUGCUAGAGGCAGCGUCGUCACCGGUCAUGUUGACGCCUGCGGAUAAACCUCUCGUUGCUCAUGCUACUGCCGCGGGCGAUUCUACAGCUAAGACUCUAGAUAUUGUUCUACCGGAGCGACCUAAACAUUCAACCUCAGAGGCUCUCGAGGAACACCCACAGAUUACGAUUUCUCCUGAAGACGCCGAUGAAAUCGAAGAUGUCGACCAAUCUGACGAAACAUCUGAUGCACAGAAGGCGCCAAUAGCGAGGAAACGACAGCAAGAUCUGGCGUUUCAGGACUGGUUGGUCAAGAACCAGAGAGAACUCACUGAGAACUCCAAGGAAGUCUUGGAAAGCCACCUGGACAAACUCUCAAUCUCGCGACUCUACGAAGAUAACGCUUUCCAGAAGAUCAUUACAAGUCCUCGCGAGUAUCAAAUUGACCUGUUCGAGAGAGCAAGAGACGAGAAUACAAUCGUUGUUCUUGAUACAGGCUCCGGCAAAACAUUGAUUGCAGCUCUUCUCAUGCGGCAUAUUCUCCAAGUAGAGCUGCAGAGUCGCGCUGAGGGCUACCGGCACAAGACGGCUUUUUUUCUUGUGGAAAAAGUUGCCUUAUGUUUCCAGCAGCACGCCGUUCUGACCACCAAUCUCGAGUUUCCGGUUGGCAAGUUUUUCGGCGAAAUGAUAGGCGUGGUUCGGUCUCAGGAGUACUGGGAUAGGCAAUUUGCCGAAAACAUGGCCAUUGUGUGCACCGCACAGAUCUUGCUUGACCUUCUGACCUGUGGGUUCAUUUCUAUGAGCCAGAUCAGCUUGCUUGUUUUCGAUGAGGCGCACCAUGCAAAGAGAAAUCAUCCUUACGCCCGCAUCAUCAAGGACCACUAUAUGCGCUUGACUGACGGACGUCCUCGUAUUCUUGGCAUGACAGCAUCUCCCGUCGACGCCUUGACGAGGGAUGUUUGGCAUGCCGCUUCUGAAUUGGAGAGCAUGCUGUGCAGCAAAAUUGCCACCAUCUCCGACGAGGCUUUGAUGCAAAGUCAAGCACACCGUCAGCAAGUUGAGGUCAAGGAAUACUAUGAUAGACUGGAAGAUCCCGAAUUCUCAAAGACGAGGCUUUGGGAUUCCAUUUCGCGCUGUGUCCGCAGCAACCCUCAAUUCAGAAGACAUCUGGAAUUUGCGUCCAACGCAUCCUCGAUCUUGGGGACAUGGUGUGCUGACCGCUACUGGCAACUCCUAACGACGGACAAUGAGAUGCUCAAAAUUGAAGCUAGAACUGGACGUGACAACUUGGAGCUCGACGUCGCCGCCGGCGAUAAGGCGAUGGCGGCUGUCGCUCAAGUGAGAGGGAUCAUCAAGGACUACGUCUUCGGGGCCAUCCAGGCCGGUUCUCCAGAACUUUCGUCCAAAGCCAAGACGCUUUACGAAGUUCUUGAAGAUGCUUUCUAUCUCUUUGAGCAGCCGGGGAUGCAGAUUCCUGGAGUAAAGGCUGCCUACAUGAUUGGAUCUCAAUCUUCAACCGCCAGCGCGGCGUACAUGUCUUACAGAGACCAGAUCGUGUCCCUACAAAAGUUUCGACGUGGUGAAACGAACUGUCUGUUUGCAACGUCCGUUGCAGAAGAAGGAAUCGACAUACCAGAGUGCGACGUGAUUAUCCGAUUUGAUUUGUAUAAAUCUGCGAUUCAAUAUAUCCAGUCCAAAGGCCGGGCUCGACAAAAAUCGUCACUCUAUGUCAGCAUGGUCGAGGUAGGCAAUCUGGACCAUAUACGCAAACUACGACGGGCAGCCAGGGAUGCUCAUGCGCUGCGACAGUUUUGCUCUGCCCUGCCUGAAGAUCGCAAGGUUCUUGAUUUUAUCGUUGGCCCUGAUAUUCUGGCUGCCCAAGAACAAGUGACUCAGAGGAGAUUUACUGUCGCCGAGACAGGCGCUCAGCUUACGUUCAUCACGAGCUUGGAAGUGCUGUCAAAAUUUGCCUCGUCGUUCCCAAACCAUGCUGAGGAAGGAAUGCUGCACUUGGAGUACAUUGUCACUUCCGUAGGGCAAAAGUUUACUGCUCAAGUCAUUCUACCAGACGGGUCUCCGGUCAAGAUGUUUUCUGGAGAAGUGCAGAAAAGCAAGCAGUUGGCAAGAUGCUCUGCUGCCUUUGAAGCCUGUGUAUAUCUGAUCAACAAAAAGUACAUCACUGGGAAUCUACAGCCGGCGUUUACCAAGAAAUUGCCCAGUAUGAGGAAUGCAAGGCUGGCGAUUUCAUCAGAUAAAAAAUCCGAAUAUGCCAUGCGAAUUAAACCGGAUUUUUGGUCUUCAUGUCUCGCUCCAGAGCCCCCGACUACUUUGUAUCAGACCACCAUAGCCCUCGACCAGCCGGAAGCUCUUGGGAGAGCAUCUCGCCCUCUGAUUCUCCUGACUAGGAAGCCGUUGCCUGACAUACCGAGCACCCCGUUAUUUUUCGGUGGCGGUCGAACGUCGGUUGUACGCCUUUCGAAUGCGCAAACGUCGUUUGAAAUGCUACCCCAGAGGAUAGAGGCGCUUGCAAGUUUUACGUUAAGGCUCUUUACCGACGUUUUCAGCAAGGAGUAUGAUGCCAAGUCGCACGAAAUUCCCUACUUCCUUGCUCCUAGCAAGCUCUCAUCAGGUGGUGACAAAGCGGCAGAGAUUGACUGGGAAGCAGUACAGUAUGCCCACGAGAACGAAAAUCUUCACUGGGAAGAUGCUCCAAGUGAGUUCUUCAAAGACAAGCUCGCUACAGAUCCGUGGGACGGAUCUCGAAAGUUCAUCUUGCAUGGUAUCAGUGAAGAGCUAAAGCCGUCUGAUCCAACGCCAACAGGUGUUCCGCAACCCAAGAGUCUGGGGUACAGAAAGGUUGAGCCAAUCAUCAAGGAAUACAGCAACAGCCUUUCUAUCAAGUCGAGGAAGAGAAUGAACUGGAGAGAUGACCAGCCAGUCGUCAAUGCAGAGCUACUCCCGAUCCGCCGAAACUUCCUAGACGAAUUCUUUGUAGAAGAAGAGGGAGGUGGCGCUUGCUAUGUCAUCUUAGAGCCUCUGUGCGUGUCACCAAUCCCGAUAGAUGUCGUCUCCAUGGCCUUGAUUUUGCCCGUUGUAAUGUAUCGAAUCGACUCAGUCUUGCUAGCUCUUGAAGCCUGUUCUCUUGUCGGUCUGUCUAUUCGCUCUGAUCUUGCCCUCGAGGCUGUGACGAAAGACAGCUUCAACACAGAAGAACACGGCGAAUACCAGAUCGAUUUUCAGCCUGGAAUGGGCAAGAAUUACGAACGCCUGGAGUUUCUUGGCGAUACAUUCUUGAAGAUGGCCACAACCAUUUCCAUCUUCACUCUUCAUCCCCGUGCAGAUGAAUUUGAGUCUCACGUCACGCGAAUGUUGAUGCUGAACAACCAGAAUCUCUUUGACCAUGCCGUAGAGAAGGAUAUGCCUGCCUACAUUCGCACUAAAGCAUUUGACCGUCGGACAUGGUAUCCGAGUAACAUGACGCUGAAGAGAGGUAAAGCAGCUAAAACGGAAGCAAAGCAUUGUCUGUCGCACAAGUCGAUUGCAGAUGUUUGUGAGGCGCUCAUUGGAGCAGCUUAUAUGACAAGCACCACCGAGAACAUGGACAUGGCGGUUAAGGCCGUUACAGCCAUGGUCUGCUCAAACAACCACACAAUGCUCGAGUACAAGGAUUAUUUUGCAACGUUCGCUGUCCCGAAGUGGUACGGCCAGCAGACAUCCGCCGCACAGCGCCUCACCGUGGACAAAGUUGCCGACAUCACAGGCUAUCGCUUCACGUGUGCCCCUCUCGUACGCAGUGCCUUCCGACAUCCAUCGUAUGUCUAUGAGAAGAACAUCUCUGAUUACCAACGACUCGAAUUCUUGGGAGAUGCACUACUGGACAUGGCAGUGGUGGACUUUCUGUUUAAGCGGUUCCCUGAAGCAGAUCCGAAAUGGCUCACGGAACACAAGAUGGCCAUGGUGUCGAACCAAUUCCUCGGCUGUCUCUGCGUCAAGCUUGGUCUUCACAAACAUAUUCUGCUGGCUACAAAUUCCCUCCUCGGCGACAUUGGGCGGUACGCAGGCCAGCUUGAGCAAGCAGAGGAGAUGGCUAGGCAGAAAUCACAGGGCGGCGACCAGGAAUCUUCUUCUGAUGGAAACUCCUCCCAAGCUGAAGCUCAAUCAAUCUCCCAGGAUUUCUGGAUCGAGGUGCCACAGCCUCCAAAAGCUCUGGCUGACGUUGUUGAAGCUUUGGUGGGAGCCAUGUUUGUUGAUUCGGGAUUCUCUUUCUCUGUCGUUCUAAACUUUUUCACCAAAUUCAUCCAGCCCUUCUUUGAGGACAUGGCGCUAUACUCGUCGUUUGCGUCGAACCACCCUGUCACGGCCUUGUCACACAAGCUACAGGCCGAGUUUUGCUGCAACCAGUGGAAGCUUCAUGUGGCCAAUGUGCCGACGUCCAUAGAUACCGGCAUCGCUGUGGCGUCUGAGAGCGACCUUCUUUGUGCCCUUAUGGUCCACGGCAAGGUGAUUGCGCACGCUACCUCGUCGAAGAGCGGCAUGGAGGCCAAGGUGACGGUUGCCAAGCUAGCGCUGGAGAAGCUCGCACUUAUUCAAGACGCGGCCCAGUUUAGAAGAGAGAUGGAGUGUGAUUGUAGCGACGGCCCAGCAACCGUCUCGAGCUAG